AUGUCGGCAUACCCAAAACCGCAACCGCCCCAGAUGCAUGAGCAGUUCGCUGCGCAACAGUCUGAUAAUGCGGCGGAGGGUCCGCAUGAGGGUAUCACGCGCAAGGAGUCAAAACCACCUGAUCAAAGACCGAGCCCACCCAAACCGGAGCCCGAUCAGCUCACCGACGCUGCUACAAUUAGCUACGGCUACCCUCUGGCGGCCCAUCAGGCUGUCGUGUCAAGUUAUGAUGCAGUCUAUACCAGCAAUGACAGCAUGAUCGGCCCCUGCCACCCCUCGUCGUACGCGGCCGACUACCCUCCCACUGCAAUUCACCACGCAACGAUAACGCGCCGGAGCAUCACGACUCUGCCCAUGCCGAUGUCGAGCGCACCGCAGCUGAUCCGGACCAGCACGAUACAGACGUCCGGAUCCUCCAGUCCCUCGCAGAUGAAACCGUACGCCAUGUACUCGGCCAAGGCGAACCUCAAGAUCAACGGCGACCUGGAGGCGAUGGCAAGCAACUGGACACAGGAGGAGUGGGAGAACCGAAGGCGCAUAGUCAUGUUCAAUAGGAAGCAGCAGGGCUCAACGCUGUCGACAAGCUUCAAGCCCGUCACCGUCAGUGAGACAACAGCAUCUGCAUCAGCUGCAUAUAGCCAAGACUUGUAG